CUCGGGGGUCUCCAGGAAUGAAAGCUGGCCCCGGUCAGGCCGGAGCGCGCGAAUGAAAGGCGGCACUGGGACCGAGAGAGGAGCCUCGUCCCGCCCGGGCUGCGGAAACUGGAGGCGCCGGGGGUGUCCCGCCGCGCGGGCGUCCGAACGCGGGGGAAACGGGACAGCCUGUCCCCUCGAGCGGCUGCCCCCGCCGUUCGCGGACCUCUGAGGGGACCUCGUCACCCCCGCUAGCGGCCCCGCCCCGACUUUUGAAUCGGUCUCUCCAGUCCCUCCUUGCGUCUUCCCCUCUUUCCUCGGGGCCUUGGUACGCCCCAGGGGACAGAUGUCUUGGGAUCUUUAACAUUUGGGAUGCUGCAAAUGCCGAAGUUAAAUGAAAUACCUCCGGGGAGGGCAGGCCGCGGGGAGGCUCGGGGGGAGGGAAGAUGGCCUGGACGGACAGGUCCUGAAGCUGCGAGGCUGGAGCGGAGGGCGCAGGGGCAGGCGGGCGGCGCCAGUGCUCCAUGGGACAGCUGGGAAAAUUCCAGGCUACCUACACAUCCUGGCCCAGGCUGGUCACGGUGUCCCCCCUCCCUGCUCUGUGCCUUCUCCUCCCAGAAAUCCACCAUGGAGAGUAAGGAGGAGGUCAGCGACACCGACAGCGGCAUCAUCCUGCAGUCUGGCCCUGACAGCCCGGUCUCCCCAAUGAAGGAGCUGACCCACGCAGUGCACAAGCAGCAGAGGGCCCUGGAGGCGAGGCUGGAGGCCUGCCUGGAGGAGUUGAGGAGACUCUGCCUGCGGGAGGCGGAGCUGACGGGCACCUUGCCACCGGAGUAUCCCCUCAAACCAGGGGAAAAAGCCCCCAAGGUUCGCCGCAGGAUUGGAGCAGCUUACAAACUGGAUGACUGGGCCUUGCACAGGGAGGACCCCCUAAGCAGCCUGGAGCGCCAGCUGGCCCUGCAGCUGCAGAUCACAGAGGCAGCGCGUCGCCUGUGCCUGGAGGAGAACCUGAGCCGGCAGGCCCGGCGGCAGCGGAAGCACUCCAUGCUGCGGGAGGAGAAGAAGCUGCAGGAGCUCCAGCGCUGCCUGGUCGAGCGCCGGCGCAACAGCGAGCCCCCUCCCGCUGCCGCGCUCCCCCUGGGCCGAGAGCUCAGUGCCUCUGAUGACAGCUCCCUGUCAGAUGGGCUGCUCCUGGAGGAAGAGGAAUCCCAAGUGCCAAAACCUCCUCCAGAGUCCCCAGCUCCACCUUCUCGGCCUCUCCCACCCCAAACCCUUGAGGGUCUGCAACCAGCAGCACCUGAGUCUGGGGGCCUGGAACGGGCUCCAGUCCAGAAUAGCCCCUGGAAAGAGACCAGCCUGGACCACCCCUAUGAGAAGCCGAGGAAGUCUUCUGAGCCCUGGAGCGAGUCCAGCAGCCCGGCCACCACACCACAGGAUGGGCCCAAUGCUUCCAGCCUGUGGCUUCUGGAGCCUGCCUCCUACCACAUGGCUCCCAUCUGUGGUGUUCCUGGCCAGUGGCAGGGUCGCACCAGUGCCCCAGCCACCCCCGAGAUGCAGGGCAGGAGGGGCCAGUCGCAGUCUCUGAGGGUGGAUUCCUUCCGGGCGGGUCCGGAGGGCCGAGGGCGCAGCGCCUUUCCCCGCCGCCGCCCCACUCACUACACGGUGACAGUGCCAGAUUCCUGCUUUCCCCCGACCAAGCCCCCGCUGCCCCAUGCCCCACACGCCGCCUGCCACUCCUGCUCAGAAGACAGUGGCUCUGAUGUCUCCAGCAUCUCCCACCCCACCUCGCCCGGCAGCAGCAGCCCCGACAUCUCCUUUCUGCAGCCUCUCUCCCCUCCCAAGACCCAUCGCCACCGCGGGGCCUGGGGCCCGGCUGGCAGCAGAGAGCUGGCCGCCUACCACCCCAAGCUGCUGCUGCCCCCUGGCUAUUUCCCGGCGGGGCGGUACGUGGUGGUGGCGGAGAGCCCCCUGCCGCCUGGCGAGUGGGAGCCGUUCCGCGCAGCCCCGGGCCCUGCCUACGAGGAGGACGGCGCUCCCCUGCGCUACCAGCUGCUGGUGCCCUCCCGCAGCCGCAUCGUGCGGACGCCUUCCCUGAAGGACAGCCCGGCGGGCCGGGGGCUCAGCAAGGCCGCUGUGUCCGAGGAGCUCAAGUGGUGGCACGAGCGCGCACGCCUCCGGAGCACCCGCCCCCACUCACUGGACCGCCAAGGGGCUUUCCGGGUCAGGAGCCUGCCCCUGGGGAGAGAGGGCUUCGGGCGAGCCCUGGGACCCCGGACGCAGGUGCCCACAGUGUGUGUGCUGCGGAGAUCGCCUGACGGGGCCCCUGUGCAAGUCUUUGUACCUGAGAAAGGAGAGAUCAUCAGCCAGGUGUAACUCUGUGCCCCACGCUGGAAAAGACUGUUUCACGGAGGGGCUGGGCUGAGACCCCCACCCCUGAGUGCCUCUUUCAGCUCCCCCAUCCCCAUCGCAGGCCGAUGACCUGGAGCUGAGACUUUUCAUUUUGUUUUUUUUACAAGACUUUUUUCAGAAGCCCUGACCUAAGGAUUUAUAUAUGUGGAUCAUCCUCAAGAUCCCCGUGAUAUGAUUAUGCUUUAUCCCCCAGAGUUCGGCCUACUGGACUUAAGGCCUUGCCUGUCUGACUGACAGCAUCUGUCUUCUUAGGCAAGACAAGUGGCAGGGGACACGUGAAGCAGAGUGGGCCACCUUGGGAGUUCUCCAACGCUCUGUGUUCUGGUUCUAAGAACUUCCCUGGAGAACUGCCCCGGUCCUCCUGUGCCACUAUUGCUGGAGGCUGGAUAUGGUACAUGCUCAUGCACAUGACUGUCCCCCAUGUCCCAGGUCUGUGGGUGCCCAGGCCUGGGCUGGGGGAGAAUCCCUUUCCCCUUUCUAAUGUGCUCUGUGAUGCACACCAAGUGGGAGGCCAAAGGUCAGUAUAUCCUGGUGGUGUAUUGUCUUGGUAGACCGUGCUAUUUUCCUGACCCCAUAAAUCCUCUUUAGGGACCCAGUCACUACACCCUGUCUAUGCCCCUUGGGCUCCCAGACUUCUGAGCUUUGAGUCGGUGGCAUCACAGAUUGUAGCCUCAGGGGGUCCGGCUGGGGGCUGGCCCAUAGUGGUGGUUAGUGGACAGCAGCCACCCUUCGACAGCCACCUCUGGGCAUCUUAAGGGCUUGCAGCCCCACUGCUCCUUCUAACAUUUUAUUUGUUUGUUUGUUUUUGAGAUGGAGUAUCACUCUGUGGCCCAGGCUGGAGUACAGUGGCAAGAUUUUGGCUCACUGCAACCUCCGCCCCCGGGGUUCAAGAGAUUCUCCUGUCUCAGCCUUCUGAGUAACUGGGAUUACAGUCACACGCCACCAUGCCCGGCUAAUUUUUGUGUUUUUAGUAGAGAUACGGUUUUGUCAUGUUGGCCAGGCUGGUCUCAAACUCUUCACCUCAAGUGAUCCGCCCACCUCGGCUUCUCGAAGUGCUGAGAUUACAGGCGUGGGCCACUGCACCUAGCCCUUCUAACAUUUUUUCAUCAUAGUCCUAAACACCAAUUCUUUACAAGUGGUUUUGGAAAGGCACCACUUUUGUGGCAUGUUCUGGUUGGGGAAGAGGGUCACAGCUCAGCUGUGGUUCUGCUCUGAGAAGGUGCUUAUUUAUACAAACAGGGGCAUACACCCUCCCAAGCACUGAUGAGAUGCUGAAUCUUCUUUGAGGGCAUUCAUUCAUUGCCCCAGCUGCAGCAACGGGAGCAAGUCUGGAAGCUGCCUGUGCUGAGAUUACCCAGCAGUCCCUGGGUUCUCAUCCUAGGGCCUUCUUUGCUUCCGGGUCAGGGGUCCUGCUUCAGUGAGAAAGCAACUGAGUUGAGGCUAGGAGGGGUAGGGAGAGCGGAGUUCUGACUUUACCUGUGCAGAACUCUCUGCCCCGUGUUACCUGGACUGGAAUGGACUGUGAACACACCAGAAGGCUCCAAGAACUCUGUGGCCUGACUGAGAAGAGGCCCAGUUCUCCCUACUGGAAAGAAGACAGUGUAGCCCAGUGCACAAGGGUGCUGAGGGAAGACCUAGGAUGGCCCAUCAAGGAGCCUGGGGGAGGACGAGGGAGGCUGAAGGGAUCUACCUGGCAUUUCUCUCCCUGUGCUCUUACCACAUCAGCAGCCCCCACCUUUUGGGCUGACCCUGGUCCUGUGUGUGAAUGCCCUGCUUGGAUGCUGUGCUCUUCCGGCUUGUCUCUAACUCCUUUCCCCAGGGCAUGAUGGUUUCCCUGGCCCCUCAGCGUCCUCACCACAGCCCAGAGCGCCUUGGUCUGAGCCAGGAGACUGCUGAGCCAUGGGCCCCCAUCCCUGAUCGUCCUUUACAUUAACUUAUUGGUCCUGUAUAACACCUGGUGCCGUUGCCAAGUGGCUGUGUCCGUCCUCAGCCACAGGGCUGGGACUGUGUGGGGGUUAGUGCCAAAUACUUCAAUAAAGUCUGUUGUGAUUGGCUGAGUU